AUGUUUUUUGGGCUCAAAGAAUCACAUCAGAGAACAGUCGUAAUAUUGUUGUUAAUUGCCUGUGUUAGUACGUUUGUACAUUGUGCAGUAGAUACUACAGGAACAUCCACACAACAAAGCCUCGAAGAAUCAGAAGAAACAGUUGAAGAUCAACAAGAAAAUGACGCGGCGGCAUGUAAAAGUGAAGCAAAUCAAUUUUUGACGUAUGAUAAAUGUAUGCAACGAAUGAAGUGUCCAUCAAAACAUAGACAAGAAUGUAGUGAAGAAUGCAAAGCUGGUAAUACGGAAGAAGAAAUUGAAGAACAUGCUGAAAUAACACACAAACCUAAACAUAAAAAAAGAAGCAGCAAAAAAGAUGAAAAACCUCGAAGUAAUUCACGUCCAGUAUUACGAUCAAAUAUUUCAAUGGACAUAUUGGAAGAUAAUAUAGAUGUACCGUCUCGUAAACCCAGUGCGACUGAACCAGAUGGAACGACAGGUUAUGUUAAAGAUGACUGUAGCAAUACAACAACAUUUAGACAUCCUAUUCAAAAUGAGGAUAUAUGUACAUGUUGUACUAUCUUAUAA